CUGCUUGUGUUUUGGUUCUAAAGGGGAAGUUCAGUCAGCUGAGCGACUCACUGCAGGGGACACCGCCGUAACACCCGCCGUAACACCCGCCGUGUGAGCUCAGGGUCCUCCAGCUGUUCCUGGAACAGUACGGUGUGAGCGCAGCUGAAAGAGAACGGCACGACGACGGCUCUCAUGGCCAAUCGGGGGGCACCGACUCGGCCAAGCGGGUCCAACGGGGGCAGUAAGAUCUGCCAGUUCAAACUGGUGCUGCUGGGAGAGUCUGCAGUGGGCAAGUCAAGUCUGGUGCUGCGUUUUGUCAAGGGCCAGUUUCAUGAGUUUCAAGAGAGCACGAUAGGAGCGGCCUUCCUGACGCAGACGGUGUGCCUGGAUGACACGACGGUGAAGUUUGAGAUCUGGGACACAGCCGGGCAGGAGCGCUACCACAGUCUGGCCCCCAUGUACUACAGAGGAGCUCAGGCCGCCAUCGUGGUCUACGACAUCACUAAUGAAGAAUCGUUCACGAGAGCGAAGAACUGGGUAAAGGAGCUCCAGAGGCAGGCCAGUCCGAACAUCGUCAUCGCUCUGUCCGGGAACAAGGCGGACCUCGCCAACAAGAGAGCUGUCGACGUCCAGGAAGCCCAGUCAUACGCAGAUGACAACAGUUUGCUUUUCAUGGAAACCUCGGCCAAGACCUCCAUGAACGUGAACGAGAUUUUCACGGCUAUCGCUAAAAGGUUGCCGAAGAGUGAGCCACAGGCGUCUGGAGCUGCCCCCGGGCUCGGUCAGGGCGUGAUACGACCCGACAUGGCUCCGCCUCCUGCGACUGGGAAGUGCUGCUAAUGCAAAUCUGCCCACCUGAUCAAACUGUUAGCGAGGCCUCGCCUUCUCCCCAGACCUGUUUAUGACUGUAACUAAAGACACGCCCUGCUCUGUUCUGUUGCACAACUCGGCGGUGAGCAGUAACAAAAGCUAAACCCUGUCUCUCUGCAUCGUUACGCUGCUCUGUCUGCUGAUGCUUAUGGCUUACGUUCAAACGUUUUUAUAUCAGGAAAGCCUUAUUCUUGGGGCGGGGCAUGGCAGUUAAUGAAGUACAGUCUUUAUCUGUGAAAUAGGAGCUUUCUUUUUCUGUUGCUUUAUGUUUUUUGUUUCAUUUUAUAGAAAAGUGCUUUGCAGGAUAAUAUAACUGAUGCACUUUUCCAUACAAGGCCUGAUCGUGAAUCAGUAUUGGGACGUUAUUCAGUGGCACAGACAAUCCACUCGCAUCUACUGUACGUGUCUCAGUGGAAAAGUGCAAUAGCUGACGGUCCACAUGCCAAAAAACUCUCAAUAUUAACUAAACUUCCACACUGUUCUUCACACGCAGUCAUACAUGCUGAAGAUUACAUCAUUACAUCAUUACCGACUCUCUGGCUCGACCAGGCCAGCGCUUAUGGAUUCGUCAGUACCUGUGUGUGUGUGUGUGUGUGUGUGUGUGUGUGUGUGUGUGUGUG